UGAUGGAAAGGAUGAAAGGGAACUGCUGUCUUUCGACAUCCCUGAUCCUUGCGCCCAUCUCAGCUCAGAUUUAGACCCCACUGAAGCAGCGGCAGAACUACCCCUCCCCCGCCAUCCCGUCUGCUGGGCUGUCUGAAGUUCGUCUCCAACACUGCCCUGCAGUAGACCUCAGAUGGUUAGUUCUUCCCCAUCUUCACAAUGGCGAACUCCAAAUUUGAAUACGUCAAGAGCUUCGAGCAGCCCGACUUUCUCUUGCCAAACACUUGGAUCGUUGUCCGCAUAGACGGGCGAGGUUUCACCAAACUAUGUGCAAAGUAUGGCUUUGAAAAGCCCAACGACAAGAGAGCCAUCGACCUCAUGAACGCCGCUGCCAGGGUCGUCGUCACCGAGCUCCCAGACAUCACCAUCGCCUACGGUGUCAGCGAUGAAUACAGCUUCGUGUUUCACAAAUCGUGUACCCUUUUCGAAAGAAGGGCCAGCAAGAUCUCAAGCACAGUCGUGUCCACGUUCACGGCCAACUACGUGCACUUAUGGUCACAGUACUUCCCAGAUAGCCCGCUCACCUCGCCUCUGCCGAGCUUUGACGGAAGAGCAGUGUGCUAUCCUACUGUGUCAAAUUUGAGAGACUACAUGAGCUGGCGUCAAGUCGAUUGCCAUAUCAACAACCUCUACAACACGACAUUCUGGGCUCUGAUCCAAUUAGGCGGUCUAGACAACAGAGAGGCAGAGAAACUCUUGGCGGGGACUGUAUCCGGGGACAAGAACGAGAUCCUCUUCUCGAAAUUCAAGAUCAACUACAAUAACGAACCCGAAAUCAACAAGAAAGGCAGUGUAGUCUUCCGAGACUACGAGCUCGUUGAACCGGGUACGCACAAUGCCGCGCAGGCGGCAGAUGCGCUCGCGGAGCCUGUUCAACAGAGCAAGACGCAAGCGGAGAAGGACAAGAAGAAGCGCACUAAGGCCCGCGUCGUCAUUGAGCAUCUCGACAUCAUCAAGGACGACUUUUGGGACAGAAGGCCGUGGCUGCUUUCUAACAAGCCAGGGAAGACCCCCAAGGAGACUUGAAUGCCCUAGAUCUCUUGGUGAGAAAUCUUGAUUCUACUAUCGGCUAUGUCUAGGAGCCCCUCUAGUCUACACGUUGUGGAAGAGACGUGGAUAUGGCUGGAUCCGCAUAGGCGGCAGACUGCUUAGAGAAUGGCGAGGGGGUGGCAGGCAUGAGAUAAAGCUACCCACAGGGAGAUAUCAUAUCUGCCUCUAUGCCUCCCGACUCUUUAUAUGGAGAUGAGUUAUACAUCACCUUAGAAGGCCGAGGCCAAAUUGUCGCGGAUAAGAACAUCAUGAAUUCUGGUUGAUAAC